CCACAACCAUAACCAUUCUAACCAUCUUCUUCAAAGUUUCCACUAUCCAUAUCACCCCAAUGACUUCUUCCCAGAUCAAUUACUACAACUUCCCACCUUUUUCUCCUCCUCCACCACCUCCUCAUAGACGUCCACCACCUCCACCUCCUCAUAUAAACCCACCACCACCGCCUCCUCAUACACGCCCACCACCACCACCUCAUACACGCCCACCACCUCCACCUCAUGUACUUCCACCACCACCUUCACCAUCACCAGACAGCCAUCCCACAGUCAUAAUCAUUGUGUUCGUCUCAUUGGGUGGUCUAUUCUUCCUUGCAUUCCUCUCAGUUGCUCUCUGUUGCUUCCUCAAAAAGAGGAAGAAGAAGAUGGUUCAGGAGACAGAUAUCAUAAAGGUCGACGAGCAUUUGACAGUGAAAGAGGCCAUUGUCCCAGGCCCACAUGGAGAGCAGGCUGUGGUGCUGUUUGUGGAUGAUGAUGUGCAUAUCCAAGAAGAGAUCAGAAAGAACGAGAAGUUUGGCCAAGGUCAUUUGCAUGGUAAGUCUGCCCAAGGCAUCACUAGCGCAAUUGGAAAGAAAAAGAAUAUGGUUCAAGAAACAGAAAUGGUAAAUGUCGAUGAACAUUUGAAGGUGAAGGAGGCGAUGCUGGCAGGACCACAUGGAGCACAAGCUCUGGCACUAUGCAUGGAAGAUGAUAAGCAUAUCCAUGAAGAGAUUCAAAAAAAUGAGAAGCUUGGUGAAGGUUUGCAUGGUAAGGCUGCCAAAGGCAUUACUGGUGCAAUUGGGAAGGGAAAGAAGAUGGUUCAAGAAACAGAAAUAAUAGAUGUGGAUGAACAUUCGAAGGUGAAGGAGGGAGUUAUAGCAGGCCCACAUGGAGAACAAGUUGUGUUACUAACCGAAGAGGAUGAUGUGCAUAUUCAAGAAGAGAUUAGAAAGAAUGAGAAGAUUGGUGAAGGUUUGCAUGGCAAGUCUGCACAAGGCAUUACCGGUGCAAUUGAAAAGGGGGGAUACUCAUCCAUUUCCAAUCAUCGUCUUGGACACAAGGCUUGAGAAUCUUAUGCUGAAUUUCAGUGAAAUAUACAAACUGGACUCUGAAUAAUAUGAUUUAUAUAUGAACUCUUUUCUCCUUUUGUUGGAAUACAAUUAUAGACAAUGAUCACUCACAA